ACGAGGAAGGUCCCAUUGCUGCAGGGAGAAAGAGGUCCAAGCAUGCAGCCGCACCAGCCUCACCUGCAAGACCAGCACAGCGCCCAAGAGCUCGAGGCAUUGGCAUACCUAGAGACACCAGUCCUCCACCAGUUGAUGCUGGCCUGCUGACACCUUGCUCCUCCUUCACCGGUAACAAGGUGCAGCGCGCAAACCUGCCCAGCAUUGAGAUCUCUGGUGGCAUUCUCACCGAUGGCAACUGCCUCUUUGCUGCCAUCUCUCAGCACCUCAUGGGUACGCAGCAAAAGCACCUCAUAGUGCGCAAGAGAGCCAUAGAGUACCUUGGCAAGCAUCUUGAUAUGCUUGACUUUGCAGCAGAAGGUGAUGACCAUGUUGGACGCCUUGCCUACCUGGACGAGAUGGCCAAGCCUGGCACCUACGGUGAUGAGGUCAUGCUGGCUGCUGCGUGCGCAACAUACAACACCUCUGCCUUGGUGGUCAUGCUGCACAAUGGCAAAUACCACACCAGGGUCUACCCAGAUGGAGCUCAGCCACCGCACAUGGGCCUCUUCUACUUUGAAGGUCUGCAGCACUAUGAGUUGGCACUCCCUCUGCCCAAAGAGACUAGCUGA